AUGGCUAAGAUAUAUGUGGAAAGGAGUUGGAACGUUGGCUACAUAAUUACCCUGGAAGAGUUUGAGCAACGGGCAAAGGAACACCGUGAAUCUGCUGAAGUUGUCCGAGACGGAUCAUCCUAUUGCAAAUGCUGUUCAAAAUUGUUCAACACAAAGAACGCGUAUGCCAAUCACCUUAACAGUAAGAAGCACAGGCAAACUGAGGAGAGGAGUCUUGAGGGUCUAAAACAAGACGAAGAACUUAGUUGUCACUCUGAUUCUGACAGCUUUGUAAAAAUAGAUGAUGUUGAAAAACUUAGAGCAGUAAAAAGUGAACCCGAAAAAUUUGUUGUUGUCGUACCAAAUGAUUCAGGCGACGAAGAUGUUGAAACUGAUUCAGAAAUUGAAGAACUUGAUUCUGAUGAAUGGGAUGAGUGUCGUAUAAAGGAAAGUGAUUCAUUGAUUAAACCAAGAGACUGUUUGUUCUGUACUCACCAUAGUAAAAGCAUGUAUAAAAAUCUAAAGCACAUGUCUAAAGCCCAUUCAUUCUUCAUUCCCGAUGUUGAAUAUCUUGUUGAUGUUAAUGGACUGUUGUUAUAUUUGGGUGAAAAGAUUUCACAAGGUUACAUGUGCUUAUGGUGUAAUGAAACUGGACGAACAUUUUACUCUAUGGAAGCUGCUCGAGCCCAUAUGGUAGACAAAGGGCAUUGCAAAAUGUUGCAUGAAGGUCUUGCUUUAGCAGAAUAUGCAGAUUAUUAUGAUUACAGUGCUUCUUACCCUGAUCACAAAGAGGGAGACAAGAUUAUGGAUGUGGAUGUUGAAGUGGAAGAACCAACAACUUUAGAGGGAGAUGAUUGUCAGUUGGUUCUGCCUUCUGGAGUCGUAGUUGGUCAUAGAUCCCUUAUGAGGUACUACAAGCAAAAUUUGACACAAAAUAGUCAGGCAUUGGUUAAAAAGUCUGAUCGGAAACUACACAAGCUCUUGGGAGUGUAUAAAGCUUUGGGAUGGGCACCGAAAGAACAGGCCCUAGCAGCAAAGAAGGCACGGGAUAUUCAUUUUAUGAAGAGAGUGCAAGCCAAAUGGCAAAUGAAGCUUUCAUUGAAAACAAACAAAUUCCAAAAGCAUUACCGGCCACAAGUUAACUUC